AUGUGUAGAGCCCCACGGCAAGACGAUCGCAGUUUUGGUGAUAGUCUCGACACUCAUGCCGCUGCCAACGCAGCCGGUGAUUUCACGAACUAUGGAUGGAAACUUCUGGAUGUUGGCCAAAUAGACAACGCAGCCAGGGGACAGGGUAAAAACCAGUACGCUAGCUUCGAGCUCAAUCCCCAAACAUUCUACGAGACAAUUAGCUACGGUACCUUGCUCACGAUGCUCAGAUAUUGCAUGAAAGUCAUCUGUUCCAAUUCAUGGGAAGAUUCAACAGUCAAAUAUCAAUAUGCUUUGUUCGGCUCAACCAAUUUUGGAGAUAAUUUCGGAAACGCAUUGAGCCGAUUUAUGAAGGAUUAUGGAAAUGUAAAGCGCAAGGAUGCUCACCUUGAACCAGCUUGUUCAGUAGGGCAUGUAAUCAGAAAGAGUAUCUUUUCUCAUGUCACAAGAAGUAUUUACCCACCUGGCGUCAAUGGCGAAGAGAGACUUGGCUUUUGGACUUCUUUGGAAGUCAAAGAUGAAGUAGGGCCAGCUGGCGGAGAAGCUGCUUUCCAAGCGAGUGCCGAUGGCCAAAACUUAGGUAAGCAAGUUGCCGUCAGUUCUUCGGAUUCUGAAGGUGAUAGUCGCUGGCACCCAAGCUAUCUCACCGACGGAAAUGUAGACAGCGGACUUGAUGUUCGUUUCGGGUGGUCCUCUGUGCUUCACCUCCUACCCACUGGCACAGAAUGGGCGCAAGUCAACUUUGGCGCUAGCCAAAGCAUUGGGAAGGUUGUUUCGUUCUCGCGUAGCGGUUUUUUGGAGCAGAGAGGCUCUGGAUUUCCUGCUGAUCAUAACAUUCAGGGUUCAGUUGAUGAAUCGUAUUGA